AUGGGAACUGAAUAUCACAUAGAUAAUACUAAAACGACCUGGGAGAAAGCAAAUGAACUGUGCAAAAAAAAUGGGUCGGUUUUGGCCGAGCCUUCCCACUCAACGAUAACCGAGCUCGCUGAAAGGCUCAGAUCACUGGGAUAUACGAAUUCUGAUAGCUUCUGGAUUGGACUCACUUUCAAUCCCGCUUCUAGCCAGUUUGUGUGGAGUACCGGAGACAUCGCUCACCAAAACCUGGUCAAUUUGACGUGUGGAAAAUUCGCGGGAAGCUUUCGCCGCAUUUGCUACGUAUUGACGAAUAUAGAUCAUUCUUCUUCGUCACCAUGUUUUUUAAGAUGGAGCUGCCAAGAUGCCAGAUAUGGUUAUAUCUGCCAAAAUGGCCUCGAAGGUAAGGUUUUAACUAAUAGUUGUCAAUAAAUAUAUCAGACGGGUAUUCAUUUAUUGUAAAUAACCACACAGGACGUGACUGAAGCCUCUGCUUCGAUCACCAGAUGUGACGAAACAGUUUAGUAUAGAUAACUUAUUGCCUCUUGACAGUAGUGGUGUUACCCUUAUUCAGUUUCCCUGAAUAUUGUUUUCUUAAAUCUAGUUGCUUAGUGCAUGUUUUUAAAAUGACGGAGAUUAAAUGAAGCGCCUGACCUAAUCAGGGAUAACCUAGCAGCCAUCUAUUAGUCUACUUUUUACCAGCGUAUACAGGGGCGGAUCCAGGAUUUUUUUUAGGAGGGGGUGCACUCGUCUCUUGCUCUACUUCAACACCAAUAAACCACACUUCUUUUUUUUUUUUUUUGCAGAAUACCAGUUGUAUUAGAAAACCGCAGGUCAUCUCAGGGAGGGGUGCGCACCCCCUGCACCCUCCCCCUAGAUCCGCCCCUGGUAUAGUUUUAGAAACCUCCUCCCCGGCUAGCCUGAAUUUCAUCCGAUUACUUCGAGUCGUUAUUACUCCUAAGAGGAGAAAACGACUCGAAGCAGUCGGAUGAAUUUCAGGCUACUUCCCGGCUUCAUCCACUUUGUAAACUUUUCUAGACUGUCCGUCAUUCACAAACAGACCAACGACUGAGAUACAAGGAUCCCAAGUAAAAAACAUUCUCAUAGAAUAAGUCGUAAUAUAUUUAUUUUCAGCUAAAACACUAGCAACUUCUCAUACAAGAGUCCAGCAAGUUCUGCCAACAGCGACAACUAGGGGAAUAUUUUCUUCAAGCACUUUUUUGACAGCUUCUGUGCCUUCAACUGCUCUCGAAGUUCCGCUAACAGCAACAUCUGACAAGGCAUUCUUAUCCUCAAGCACUUUACCUGCUCUGUCCUCAACUGCUCUCGACGUCCUGCCAAGAAUGACAGGGAAGGUAUUAGCUUCAAGCACUUUACCUACUGUCGAACUUCUGCUAACAGCACCAUCUAGCAGGGCAUCGUUGUCUUCAAGCACUUUACCUGCUGCGUCUUCAAAUGCCUUCGAAAAUCUGCCAACAGCAUCGACUGGUAAGAUAUUAGCUUCAAACACUGUUCUUGCCGUAUCUUCAAAUGCUCUCGAAGUUCUACCAACAGCAUCAACUGAGAGAUCCUUAGCAUCAAGCAGUCCUUCGUCCCUGUCUGCGACUGCUCUCGAAGUCAGAGUGCCAGCGUUAACGGCUUGGAAAACAGUUAAUGCCAACAUAACCUCCAACAGUGUCAAACGGCACUCUAACUAUCCGGUAAGUCUGACUCAAAGCGAAAUUCCAGCUAAGGCGUCAUCGCAGAGUACGAAGAUAACGUUCAUAUUGGUCAAAAAUCCUGUGGCGGACCAAGAACGUCAUAUAAUUGGGGAUGCCUGCCAUCCAGAUCCCGGGGGUGACCCUAAAAAAUUUUUGUACGACCGUGCUCGCUUCAGUUUGCUUUAGAAAGAAGGUAGUGGGAAAGCAAACUCAAAAGAUGCUUAUACCAGGGGCACCCAACGGCAAUUUUCGGGAAAAUAUCUGUUCGGAAGACGAUUUGAGAUCUAGAAUUUUCGGAGCAUUUGUUGUAAAAUUUCUUGCUUGCCUGCCUCUCCUAGGAUUUUCGAACAUCUACAAAAUGGUAUAAUUACUCAUUUUUAACGGAAUUUUGACCCUAAAAAAGGCCACCUAGAAUUUUCGGGAGCCUUUUCCUGGCUGAAAUUUUCGAGAACGUAAGUUUUUAUCCCUAUAAUUUUCGGAUCACUAGAUUUUCAGCUAGGAAAUCCGAACAGAUGAAAAGUUUUUAGGGGAUAAAAAUAUGCCUUUUUCUACCGUUUGAAUACUAAAAUACGUUCCACAAUGCUAUGUUAAGUGGUUUUGAACUAUAUCCUCGUUGGGUGCCCCUGUUAUACUGAGUGUAUUCAAACAAAAAAGAAAUAGGCUGAUCAGGAAUCAGCACAUUGUCUAGCGCAAACGUAAACCCAUUCUUUAGGUUCUUCAGAGGAAAAAUUUAAACACCAUAACUUGAAUCUUCUUGUUUUUAUUGAUGCUCUAAACAACAUCCGGUCGAAUCUAGACACAUACAGAUAACGGUUGAAACUUAAUUACUGUUGAAAAGUAGACAGAUUCUAAAUUUUUGUAUACUAUAUAGAUUGUUAAUUGUUAUUAACGCUUUCCAAACUAAAAUGUGUUUUUCCAAACUUGUAAUUUUCCGUCAGCCUCAUGGAAAUUCCUCUGAGUCUUAGCGGAAAUAUGGCUCAGCAAAAUUUUUGCAUCCAGAUUUUGUAAGUCUCAAAGUUGAAAUGCAGAAUUUCUGCGUUAUCCAUUUGUUGUUGAUUUUUUAAUGAAUUUAGCGGAAAAAUGGCUCUGCAGAAUUUUUGCAUCCAGAUUUUGUAUUUCUCAAAGUUGAAAUGCAGAAUUUCUGCAUUAUCCAUUUGUUGUUGAGUUUUUAAUGAAUUUAGCGGGAAAAUAGCGCUGCAGAAUUUUUGCAUCUAGUCUCUAGGUUAAAAUGCAGAAUUUCUGCCUCAUUCGUAUUUGUUACAAUCACUCCAUUUGAUUUUUUCUGCAGUUAUUAGUCCUUAAGAAGAUAUUACUGUUUUCGCACUGCAAUAUUUUAGACCUUGUUCUUACUUCGUACAUUUAUCGUCAUUUCUAACUGUAGAUUUUUAGUGUAAAACUCUACUCAGAAUAAAUAUAGGUUAUUUCAACAACAACGACUCCGUUGUAUUUACUAGGUAUUACUAUAAUAGCUUCUUGUACGCGUCCAGUUAUAAUAUUAACUUUUUGGCGGAAAUUGUGUCUUUUGCCGAGGGAAGUUAGGUUUUUCUGACGGAAUUUUGAAGUUUGGAAAAACACAUUUUAGUUUGGAAAACGUAUAUUGUUUUUGUAAUUCUCCGCUGGGCUGUUUUAAUGUCAAUUCUUUAAGAUUUUUUCUUCGAGUGUUACAAUAAUAUUGCAUAUUUUAAUUUAACAGUUAAUUAAAAGCUAGAAAUUACUAUAAAAAAAUUCCACAUGUGUUGAUAAACUACUUAUUUGCAGAGCUAGAAACUCCCCAUCGCCCUAACCCUUCAAGCCCUAAGAGUGAUCAGAAUCAAAUUUCUCCUUGUAAUAUCAGUGCUUUGUAAAACAGAGUGGUCUUGAGAAUUACGGACAUGAUCACACAAGAUGAAUUUGCUUGAUAUUUUAUCAACUUCUCCCCUCUACUUCGGUAGGAAAUGAAUAGGAACAACAAAUGAGUAUUCAAAUUUUGAUCUUAGGGUUUAAAGGAUUAACACACAUCCGUUUCUUAUUCUUUCAGUUUCUUUUUUUAGCAAGACAUGUAAGAGUUUGUUGAUAGUGACAUUGAGCUAAUAUUUAAUUUAUCAAUUUUUUUACAGUUGUUAGAUUUUUACCGCAAGGUGGCGUCACUAAAUCCACAAGACCCACUUUCACUAAAGGUAAGAAACUAAUAAUUGUAUGAGCAAUUGAUUGGUAAAUGAAAAAUCUAUAAACGUCGACAAAAUAUGAAUCAAUUCUCUGGUCUCAACAUAGAAAUACAAGAAAAAGAUUCACAGCAAGUGACUUCUAACCUUGCAAAAUGUAGACGCCGCUUCGCUAUGGGGACUUAAAAUCUGAUAGGAAAACGUUCCACAUUUCAUCAAACCGAAAAAGGACCUUUGUUAGUAAAUGAUGUCUGUAUCGUGAAUGAAAACGCAAAAGCUUAGCUGUGAGCAGUCUCUCUUAAAGUUGUUCAGUCAACCCAAGAGAAAACCUUUUUACAACUGUCACCCUGGGCGCAGAGGUAAGCUGCCCUUACAGUAACUGUGUUCGAAUUGUACGUGGCUCCUCUCUAAAGGGUCCGCAAAUGGUAUGAAAUUUAAUGACGUAGAAACCAACUGUGAUGGCAUCCUACUGAUGAAUGACUAUAGUUAGACUUCUAUAUGGGGAAAACAACUGUUUAUGAUGACCUGCUCUCUUUGACUGACUAAAGACAUUUUUGUUUAGGAGUUGCUGCCUCCUUCCUCCUGUAUGUACUGUAUAGGAACAGAUUAUAAAUAUCGUAGAAUUGUCUGAGUUUGUAAAGAGGGUUUCCUGCUUAGAAUGGAAAAUAAACAUCCACACUUUCUCUGGCAAUUCUCCUCUACUCCACCUUUCAUUCUGUCUAAAUAUUUAGUUAAAAGUAGCUGCACUAGGAAAGCCUUAGCAUCUAUGCAAAUGUAUUGGAACAAAAGAACGUUUUUACUUAACAAAAAAGGUUUAACUCCAACUGGAUUGGUUUGGAAAAACCAACAUGGCUGUCGUUUGAGUAUUGUUUAGGGAAACCAAUGUGGUCGCCAUGACGUCAUGUGAAACCGUUCUAAGUAACGUGUACCAUGAGAUCUUAAUAAGCGAAGAAGGUUUGAUAAGCAAACAAAAAAGCGUCAGUAUCCAGCUAAUAAUCAACACAAAUAGUUUAGAGAGAUCACACAGUAAUAUUGGGGAAACUACCAAUGAGAAGAGAACAAGAAGUGACCCUUAUUAGUUACGUCCAGACCCUGGUUGUUCAAACGUUGGAUAGCGCUAUCCACCGUAUAAAUCUCUAUUCAGUGGAUAGCGUAAUUGACUUCCGUAAUAUUUAUCCACUGGAUAGUGAUUUAUCCGGUGGAUUUUAGCGCUAUCCGACGUUUGAACAAGCUGGGCCAGGAUGAUAAGAUGACCGUGAAAAAAAAGGUGCGAUGAGCUAAGCUAAGAAAGCAUAAAAUCCAAGAAAAGUUAACUACUGGCCCGUAAUUUUUAUAUACAUGUACCAUAUAUAUUUAUUUUGUUUUUUACAGCUUCUCACAGAUGCAUUUGAAGAGUUCAUACACGCCUUGCAAGAAAACUCCAAAACGGAGAUUGGUGAAGGUAUAAUGUUAUCAGCACGAGCUAUUGAAGAAUUCGCGUUCAAAUACGCUUCUUUUAACCUCAAUGCGUCAAAAAGGGACGAGAGAAAGGAAAACCAACACAUAGGUAAAAAAUAUAUACAUGCAGUCACAUUUGAGUUCUUACUUACUUAACUUUUGCGUUUUACACUGUUUCUCUCUGUUUAGCCUUAUUAUCUCCAUUACAAAAUGGAAGUCAAUUUAAACUGUUCAUAAACUGACGUGUAUCUUCAUUUUUUCUUUUAUCCCUAGUUAUACAUGUAUCGCUGGUACCUAAAGGUUACGCCAACAAUUUUACCUUUUCCGGAGAGGACAAUUUUGAGGAAGUGGCAAAACUCACUCUUCCAUCGUAUUUGUUUCGGAAUCAAGGUAAUUUUGCUGAGGGGACCAAUCAAUUGAGAUUUGCCCCAGGUUUACUCCUUAUAAUGGCUUAUACAGGGAACUUCGCCCGAAAGGGGUACCAUUUAAACAAUUUUAGGCUUCAGUUAUAUAAAAGGGUUGGGUUUUCAAUAAUUGAAGUAUAAGAAAGGGUAGAGAAAUCUAUCAUUUCCAUCUGUAAAAAGGCUCAAAAGGGUUAAAGGAUUAUGGCUGUGAAAAAAUCGAGAAAACUUCCUAGCUUUGUGAUUUAUUCAUAUUUAAAAGACAGUGCUUCUACAACAACUGAAAUUAAAGGGAUGGAAAGUUGUAUACUAGGUAUGUGAAUUGGAUACCAUUUGUCAAAAAAAGGUAUACGUAAGGGAUAUCUUUUCUAAUCGAAAAUUGUAUACAAAAGGGUAAGGGAUUGGACCAGUCGGGGCCUUGCCUCCGCGUAGACAAAAGACAACAGACAAUACUUUAUUUGGGGUCUUAUACCAGCUGGUAUAAAACUCGUAAAUAAACGUAUGAAACUCUUUUAAGUACCACCCACCCCCAGGGAUUUAACAAUGACAUACAGGAUCCUAUAUAAGAACGUUCAGAACUUCAAUUUCCUUUCUGCAUAUGUCUUCCAAGUCGUUUCAUAUUUCUCUCUGUGAUGUUUUCAGAUACCACUGUUGUUAACACUCUGUAUCUUGGUCUUGAUGAAUACUUUUACAGCUUAGGUCCAAGGUAAGGAUGGAUUGUCUCAAAUAAUCCGGAUAAAAAGUGUAGCAAACUAAAUUUAUUUGACUCAAAAGUAAUUAGUUAUUAAAUUUAAAUAUUUAAUUCAAAAGUAAACCUACCCUCCCAUUAGAUAUUGCACAUCCCAAGUUUUUAUUGCCUUCCGUAUUUCAUUGAAGUUCUAGCCUUGCAGGUUCUCAACACAAUAAUUUUCACGAAUAGACAUUUUUAUUUUAUUUUACGUUAAGAAUUAAUUAACGAAUCAAAAAUUAGUUAUGAAUAGCUUUAACUUGCAAUACUGUAUAAGACUGUCGUUGUUGACAGUGACUGGCGUUUCUACAGCCUGUGCGGUAGUCAUCUUCAGAGUAAAGUGAUUUGUCAGUUGAUGGCAUUAAACUCUGGUUGUUAACUUUAUUGGUCAAUUAAGUCGCGAUGUUAUUGGUGGUCUGUUAGUUAAGCCAAGUAAAAUAAUAAUCCCAUACCAUUAUUAAAGUUAUAAAUGUACUGAGAAGAUCAUUACGACAGUUAGUCUAAAAAGAAACCUGCCGUUGUUCAUAUUUAUCAGCCUGUCUCGCCGAGCGUCUCGCUGUAGUUUAAAAUUUAUUACAUCGAAAUUGGUUUAUAAGAUUAACGUUUACUUAAUUAUUUUAUCUUUUCAUUUUUUGCCCUUUUUUAGCAACAAACGUAUCGGAUCCAGUAUUUUAGGAAGUAGCCUUAACCCAUACCAAGCUGGAGUGUUUAGGGAGAAUGUUACUAUAGUUCUUCCAACCCUGAAGGUAAACAUGUUAAUUAACGACUAUUCCAAGCGUGCGCGUUAGAUAUGAGAUGGCCAUAGUAACCAUCGAGGCGCGUAGCGCCGAGUUGGCUAUAAUCAUCUCAUAUCCAACAAGUGCGAGUGGCAUAAUUGUUUUAUUAAAAACGCCCACAAAAUAUCGAGAAUUAUUUCCGACUUUAUUUGUAACAACAAACGAUUUUCAGCUUGUUUUUGAUUUUGAGCAGACGCGCGUACAGUGACUAUAUUUGGAGAGCAUGGUAUAAUGGCUCAUAUAACAGUAUGCAUGCCUAAGCCAAUCAGGGCUCUAGAACUGCAUUAUCCAAUGAUUCAGUUUUUAAUAAUGAUAAUUAAACCUUCACGUACA